GAGAGAGAUCAAUGGGAACAUGAAGGAGGAAGAGGAGAGAGUUGGUUCAUCUUCAUCUUCUUCGUCUUCUCUUCCCGUUAGCUAUGGAGUUGACUAUGAAAAAUACGAGUUCUCUUCAUCAGUGUCUUCUCUGUCUCGACCGUUUUCUCCUGAAAGUUCAAGUAACAAGAGUGUUGUUCUUGAAAACAAUCUUUCCACUGUCUUCUCUUUGGACCAUAACAACAACAACACCAUCCUGAUGUUUACUAGAGAUAGACCAUGUUCUUGUCUCCACCAUGUCUUAGAGUGGAUUCUACAGAGAUGUUGUGGUUGCCUCUGUUAGUCUUCCUUCUUCCUAUUUCGGACUUAAACCAUUGUAUCUUGUGGCCGGUCCAAUAACACAAGGUCUACAAAUUAGCUUUUAACAUUACAUUUGUGAUCAUUUCUAGACUUUUGUCUCUUUUUGUUUUCUUUUAAGGACGUACGCAAUAUAUAAUGAUUUAGGUCUUUAUUAUCUAAUGAUUAUAGCCUUAAUGAUCUAAUCAAAAUAUAAUAAUAACCAAGAAAUAAAUUGCAACA